UAAGGAAGAAAGUGAAAAAAUGGAAACAAAAUCUAAGAAAGUACCGGACGGAGGUUAUGGUUGGUUUAUUGUCCUGGGAUGUUUUAUGGCACAUGUCCUCAUCGGUGGUUUCGAUAGAAGUGAAGGCAUAUAUUUUCUACAAUUCACUGAAAGAUUUGAAAAAAAUGCUCAGUUGACAUCUUGGCCAGGAGCUUUAGUUUCUACCAUUAGGCACUUUCUAGGUCCUUUGGCGGGGAUCUUGAGCAGCCACUACAGUGCCCGGACUACUGUCAUGAUCGGAACUUUAUUCAUGACGGUCGGAACUUUACUCAACGCAUUUUGUCCGGAUUUUUUCUUCUUGUUUGUGUCUCAUGCUGCCCUGCAAGGAUUUGGUCGAGGACUGAUGUAUGCACCUUCUCUUAUUAUUGUUGGAACUUACUUUGACAAGCACCGAGGUUUGGCUGCUGGGCUAGGGUGUUCUGGUGUUGGAGUUGGGACAUUUUGUAUUGUGCCAUUCACACAAUGGCUGUUUGAUACGUAUCUUUUUCAAGGUGCAUUUACUAUUCAAAGUGCUGUUGCGUUGAAUGGAUUGGUUGUGGCUAUGCUGUUUCGGCCUCUCAGCUUGCAUUUCAAAUUUACUGGCCAACAACGCAAUAGAGGCGUGGACAUUCAACUGAAGACAACACUGCUACCCAAACACCAGGAACUCGGGGAAAAAUCAGAUGUAAAGGGGUUAGAGAUAGGCGAAAAAAAUCAUUUACAAAUUCAGCCUUCUCCAGAACCAAAAAUUCACAAAGAUGGAUGGUUCAAGUCUUCGCUUAAUAUUUGCUUCCCAAAAGAAAACAACAAGCAACAGAGGGAAAAAAUGAGCCACUCGCUUCAUUUAUCAUUACUGAAAGAUGCGUCUUUUUGUAUAUUCUGUGUUAGCAUUAUGCUGUUCACAUCCGCCUUUAAGGCGGCCUUUACAUUUAUUCCCGCCUUGGUUAAAACUAAAGGCCUCUCAGAUAGUGAAGCAGCGCUUGUUUUAUCUUUAUCUGGCGUGUUUGACACCAUAGGCCGGAUAGUGGCGGGCAUUAUUUUAGAUAUACCAUCACUACGUCCACUUAGACCUGUUGUUUAUAACUUUUUUAUAUUUUCUAUAGCAGCCGUGUCCUUCACCAUGCCAUUCUUUACUAGUUUCUUAUGGCUAUGUGUGUUGUGUUGUGUAUACGGCACAUUAAGUGGAGCUUACAUAUCCCAAAAGUCAGUUCUUGUUGUAGAUAUCCUGGGGGUUGAGCAUCUAGCAAGUUCCUUUGGUCUCCUGAUAUGUUUCCAGGCUGUAGGGACAUGCGUGGGGCCACCACUAUCAGGUGCCUUCAGAGAUGCCUUUGGCAGUUAUGAUGAAGCAUUUUACUUGGGGGGCAGCUUCAUGAUUGUAGCUGGAGUUCUUAUGGUUUUAUGCAACAUUUGUCUCAGGAAAAAGCAACACAAGAAAAACAAUAAUGAGAUAAAUAUAGAAAUAAAAUUAUAA